AAGGUUACACUUCCGUUUUUCAGCGAAGGACGUGUGCACAAAUGGAUGAUGCUGAGGAGCCCGACGCAGCAUCCACUUGACCCUCUGUGUUGAAUUGUUUGUGUAUUCGUGUUGCCUUUUAAGUACAUUUCCCUGCAAAAGCAACCGUGCGGCUGUAACAAUGUCGAUGUCAACAUUUCAAAAGGUUACGCUCGUGUCUUGUCUCGUGCUCUGCGUUGCUCUUCUGCUUCCGAAAAUGCUGCUAGGCGGAGGGAAGGGUGCACAGACCGAGGGUUCAGGACGGUUUCCUCCCAUGGUGCACCGUCAGAUGGCUCCGGACAGUCAGGGCCAGAGGGCUGCUGGGUCCACCAGGGCACACAACACCGAGGCUAUCGCCAGGGCUAAGGGGGGUGGGGGCACAGGGGUAGGGACCGGGGGCAAGUCCAACCUGGCAGGGCAGAUCAUCCCCAUCUACGGCUUUGCGAUCCUUCUUUACAUCCUCUACAUCCUGUUUAAGAUAACCUCAAAGGGGAAGUGUGCUGUACCUACUGAACCCAGAUUUCCCUCAGUGAGAGCAGAGAACCGGAAGAGAAAGAUCACGGACUUUGAGCUGACUCAGCUGCAGGAUAAGCUGAGGGAGACAGAGAUGGUGAUGGAGAGGAUUGUGUCCAAAGCCAGCUACAGUCCUGAAAGGGUGACAGGGGUGAGUGCCGACCAGGAGGAGAGACUGCUUCUCCAGCUGAGAGAGAUCACGCGGGUGAUGCAGGAAGGCCGCCUGGUGGAGGGGGUUGCCCCCGCAGAGAUGGGGGCUCAACACUGGGAAGGUUUCCCAGAGGAUCCCCAUCCAUGCUGGGAAGAGCCAUUCUGUGGAUACGACCAUACCCAGGCGACCAGCACCGAAGAGCAGCCAGACAGGACCGACGAGUGUGGGGCUGACCAGGAGAAGGUUGGGGCUUACCAGAAGGAGAGUGGGGCUUACCAGAAGGAGGGUGGGGACUACCAGGAGGCAGUUAGGGCUGACCAGGAUAAGGGUGGGUCUGACCAGGAAGAGGGUGUGGCAAACGAGGAGAGUGGGGUUGACCAGGAAGAGGGCAGGGCUGACCAGAAAGACGUUGGGCUUAACCAGGAAGAGAGCGUAGCUGACCAGGAGGUGGUUGGGGUUGACCAGGAUAAGGGCAGGGCUGACCAGAAAGACGUUGGGCUUAACCAGGAAGAGAGCGUAGUUGACGAGGUGAUGGUUGGGGUUGACCAGGAAGAGGGCAGGGCUGACCAGAAAGACGUUGGGCUUAACCAGGAAGAGAGCGUAGCUGACCAGGAGGUGGUUGGGGUUGACCAGGAUAAGGGCAGGGCUGACCAGAAAGAAGGUGGGCUUGACCAGGAAGAGAGCGUAGUUGACCAGGAGGUGGUUGGGAUUGACCAGGAAGAGGGCAGGGCUGACAAGAAAGAAGGUGGGCUUGACCAGGAAGAGAGCGUAGUUGACCAGGAGGUGGUUGGGAUUGACCAGGAAGAGGGCAGGGCUGACAAGAAAGAAGGUGGGCUUGACCAGGAAGAGAGCGUAGUUGACCAGGAGGUGGUUAGGGUUGACCAAGAAGAGGGCAGGGCUGACCAGGAGGAGGGUGCGGCUGAGGACGAUGUAGGUGUAGCUAAGGCAGGGGCUGAUUUGAAUACUGAUGAGGAGGGAGGUGCUGAUUUGGCCACUGGGAAUGAGGAAUGUGGGGCUAAGCGUGAUGUGGGUGGGACUGAGGUGGAGAAAGCAGGAAUGAACAGGGAGGAGGGUGGGGCCAAUGACAAGCUGGGUCUGGCUGAUGAAGACAGGGGUGGUGCAGAGGAGGAGCUUGAGUUUACACUGAAGAUGCCCACCAUGUUGGAGCGAGAGGAAAAGGACGGUGUUAACCUGUCAACGGAGAUGUCAACUAGCCGUUCUCGUGUUAGAAGGAAAAGGAACAAGAAGCAGAAGAAAUGACAAAAAAAAAAACAGUUGAUUGACUUCCCCUAAAUUCCUUCCUAUAAUUGGGAAAGUAGAGUGCGCCGCCCCACAAGCUUGAGUCUGGCUAUGCCCGUCUAGCAACAUUUCUUCCUAGCCUCCAAUGCUUCCAAACAGGAUGGGCCAUAGCAUGAAGGUUAGCAGUAGCCAGUCUAUAAACAUAGGAUCAAAAAGCUCCACCCGAGAAAGAUGGUAUCUCUUCCUAAGUGACAGUCUGAAGCAGAAGUCAUACCCACAGUAUUGUACCAAUGCUUUGUUCAGAUGUUCACUAUCGCAUAAUAGCUUUGGCACAAUGCGCAUUACAGUGAACUGAAUGAUUUGGAAGGCACUGUGCUCCUACGGUCUUGAUUCACAUCUGGGCUUGAGAGGAUGCUUGUUGUCCUCUUAGUGCAAUAAAGCAUCAUUAGAAUACAUGGGAAUGAUCUUAUUUCAUGGGUAUAAGUUAUUGAAAAGCAUUCACUUUAAUACACCAUUUAUUCACUACUGAUGACUAUAUACCCGUAUGUCAGUGUUACAAACAAAGUAACUACUGUGGAAUCUCACAAAUAAAAUAUUCUGGUUUGACAACAACCUUGUCUCAAGUGUGUGACAAACAAAAACAACAAUGGCACCUAAGUUCAGAAAAAAGGGUGUAUUACUUACAGAGAAUGUAACAUUCUACCAAUAGAAAAGCAACAUCCAAUUUUAUUAGCGGAAAGCAUACAAUUAACUUAUUUUCAUUGAGUAGCACGUUGUCGCUGCACAGAAUUGACCCAUGGCAGUUCAGCGAGGGGUGCUGAGCUGGAUUUGGUUUCUGGACACCGCAGUGUGACAAAGUGUGUCAUCAUUCUGCAUCCUCAGUCUCAGAUAUCCAUUGGCUCAUCCGGUUUGUCUGCCGCAGGCUCAUCUGCAGCCCCGAUAACCUAGGACACACAGGGCGGGACACAUCACAUCUUGAUUACCGUUCAGAUAAAAAUGGAAAACAAAAGUCAUUUCUUAUGUCAAACUACCAGGAAGUCUGAAAAAAUACUGAGUGGGAGGGAAGCUCACCUUGACUAGGUUCUUUGAAAAUGCUUAUGUCAAGCAACAUGGACGCAGUGUUGCAGUGAGAUUAUCUCAAGCAAAUUUGCUGAUACACAAAUCAACAUUGAAAUUGCAUGCAACAUCCAAUCCUAUUAUACACCACAUAAUGGUUUCACUACUGAUUUGUUUAUAUCCAACUGUUUGGUUAUUGUAACAGUAUCAAUAGACAAAAUGUUAGCUGUAUAGUUUAGCUAGCAAAUUCAAAUGAAAUUGGCAGCACUGUUUAUCAAGCAAGCUCAUCUUGGACAAUUUCAGGGUGAGGUCUGGGUACUUUUCAUUAAAUAUAUAUACAUAUAUAUACAUACAUACUCAGUGACCAGUUUAUUAGGUUCCCUCCUACAGACAGCGAGUCACAUGGCAGUGGCUUGAUCUAUAAAGCAGGCAUCGAGGCAUUCAGUUACUGUUUGACUGAACGUUAGAAUGGGCAAAACGAGUGACCUAAGCAACCGAGUGUGGUAUGAUCGUUGGUGCAUGUCGUGCCGGUUCAGUAUCUCCGAAACGGCCGGCCUCCUGGGCUUUUCACGCAUGACUGUGUCGCGGGUUUAUCGUGAAUGGUGCAACAAACCAAAAAACAUCCAGUCAGCAGCAAUCCUGUGGGCGAAAACAGCUCGUUGAUGAGAGGUCAAAGAAUGGCAAGAAUCCUAAAGCAAACAGGCGGGCCACAAACAGGCAACUAACGGCGCAGUAGAACUGGUGUACAGAACGCAAAACUAGUCGGUCCUUGUCACGGGUGGGCUAUUGCAGCAGACAACCACACCAGGUUCCCCUCUCAUCCUCAAACAACAAGAAGUGGCUCCAGUGGGCACCAACACUGGACAAUUGAGCAGUGAAAAAGCAUCGCCCGGUUCGACAAAUCCUGGUUCAUGCUGAUGGCAGUCAGGAUUGGGCGUAAGCAGCAUGAGUCCGUUCUGAGACCCGUCCUGCCUGGUGUCAACGGUACAGGCUGGUGGCGGUGGUGUGGGGAAUGUUUUCCUGGCCAAUGUUAGGUUCCUUGAUACCAAUUGAUACCAGUUUGUACGCCACAGCGCAUCUGAACAUGCUGGCUGAAGACCUAGCUAGCCAGUUACUAGCUAGCACCAGGAAGAAAAAAAUGAGCUCACACCAGACACAGAUGAAAGCGGAAACAUUAGAAGAAUAUCAUAAAAAAUGUUUUUACAAGUAUUUACUGACACACUGCAGUCAAAUUUCUGCACCAGUAGACUAGCUACCUAGCUAUGUAAACCACACGCCUUCUGCGAUGUUGGUUACAUGGUGGUACUUAUUUAAGUUAGGUAAUUUGAUUUGAUUUGAUUUGAUUUAAGAGAAUAAGAUGUUAGCUUUGGUGUAUUAAAAUGAUACUUUUUGUGAUGUCAUGAAAAGCCCUUAAUAAUCCUGCCUCCUGAAUCCCAGUCUAAAAAGUGAGCGGGUAUUUCUGACAUAGCGAACCAGUCGUGUGUACUGAGAGGCACGAGGAAGAAGACAAUGGCGGAGGUGGAGCCACCGGUUGGUGGUGGAAAUGAAAAAAAAAUGGACUUUCGUCCAAAGAAAUGGAAAGAAAUAAGCUAAAUUGAUGUGAGAUACUAGUGUUGAUACUCCUACAAGAUACAAUGGGGAAUUAUGUUUUCUGAGAUGAUGGACGCCUGACUUGGUGAACCCAUUGAAGACAUCCAAAGUAGUUUAGAAUGCUUUGUGUAAAGUUU